CAAGUUUGCUAUUGUUGCCCUUCGAAUUGCGUGAAUCCACUAUCAGAGCAGGAAAAUGGCCGUCGACUCCGCCCCGCAAAUGCAGAAAUCUGCUGACCCAAACGCUCGAUUGACUGAUACUCUUUGCACCAGUCUUCGGAGACGGCAAAUUGUUGGAUCCUUGAACGUGGCUCUCGCAACGGCUGCUCUCAUCCAGAACAUCGUCAGAAGCGCUAGAUAUAACACCAUCGACGAAUUACUGGCCUUAAUCAAAGCUGUUGGGCGGAAACUCACUGAGGCCAACCCUAAGGAACUUGCCGCCGCCAAUAUCAUUCGUCGAAUCCUCCGUCUCAUUCGGGAAGAAUACCGCGCCGCUGCAGCCGCCCAUGUCUCAUCCGCCCCUAACUCCAUCCCUUCUACCCCUCUUAUGGGUCCCAGCACACCAGGUAUCAACGCACCUUUAGAUCACUACCUUUCUGCCGCCCAAUCCGCCACCGUCGACGCUCAGUAUUUUCCCACUCAUAUCCAAAUGUCCCGCCAGACUUCACUCUCAAACUUUGUGGCCAUGCGUCACUCUCGAGCUCAGAUGGAAAGGAGUGGCGCCCUUAGUGGAGGGACAGCGGAAGGAUACUCAGCGAAUACAACGAAUUUGUUUGCGACCCCCAAUGGGAAUGGGCAUGGCAGAGGUUCUUCUGGAAUGGCGACGCCAAGGGCGAGUGUGGAUAGCGAUGAGUUUAUGAAGCAUAGUGCUAAGCUCAAGCCGUUAUUGAUUCAGGCCAUUGAGGAGGUUGUUGGUGAGCUGGAGACCACGCAUGAGGAUGUUGCCAAGGGCGCAAGGGAGCACAUUCACUCUUCCGAAAUCAUCUUGACCAUGGGCCACUCGAGAACAGUCGAAGCAUUCCUCAAGCAAGCCUACAAAGACCGUAAAUUUACCGUCGUCGUCGCCGAAUCUGCUCCGUCCUACCUCGGUCACUCCCUCGCCUCUUCCCUUUCCGCCUCCGGCAUCCCCACCCUCCUCAUCCCUGAUUCCUCCAUCCACGCCCUUCUUCCACGAGUUACAAAAGUCAUCCUUGGCGCUCACUCUGUCCUUGCCAAUGGUGGUUUGUUCGCGCUGUCCGGAUCUCUUGCUUGUGCUCUCGCGGCAAAGACACAUUCCAAGCCUGUCGUCGUGACUACCGGUCAAUUUAAAUUCGCGCCCGCGUGGAAUUUGUACCAUGAAUACGGAGCGGUGGAUUUCCAGGGACCUGGAGCUGUGAUUGGGGAGCAGGGGAAGGGUGGAGGAGGGGGUAUGGAAGGGGUUGAGGUUGUGGAUCCAUAUUACGAUUAUAUUAGGCCCGAGUUGGUAAAUCUGUUUGUGACAAAUGAAGGCGACCACCCACCAUCUUACAUCUACCGCUUGAUCAAAGAGGCGUACGAUGAUGAGGAUGUAGAGAUCUAGUCACAGUGACAUCAGUAUAUGCAUUUCUUCGAAUAUAAGGUAUUUUCUAUGCUUGGUAUAAA